UUAUUAAUACUCCUAAUCCAAAGCAUAUAAAAAACUAUAUUUAUCUGACUAAAUCAUGUGAUGCUGGUGGUAUUGCACAAAACGCAAUCAGCGCACUCUCCGUUAAACUUAAAAUAGUAAAAUAUAUUUUGGUGCAGGAAGUUACUUUUUUCAGAGCAAAAAGAGAGUUUUUCACCAACUAAUCGAAAGUGUAGUCUCCAUCUUAUCGACGGAAAUAGUGAUAGUGACAGCCCUGUUUCAUCGGUAGAGCGAGCGAUCGGGCGAGAAUUAGUCAACGGCGUAUCGGCGUAUGUACGAAUGACAAAUCUGUCGCGAUCUGUGCAAAGUGCCCGAUUACUGUUAUCGUAACGUACAGUGGACGCGAGUCUUCCUACCCAGCGGAAUAAUGAUUUUGCUCGAGAUACAUAAUAGGAUACUCGAAGAAACGUUAACGAACAAAAUCAAGAAUGCCUUGUCGGGACACAAGCAGGAGUCAACAGACGUCGUCAUAGCAGACUUUGAUGGAGUGUUGUUUCAUAUUUCAAAUCUUAGUGGAGACAAGUCAAAGCUUAGAAUAAGUAUUCUGCUCAAAUUUUAUAAACAGUUACAAGAACAUGGUGCGGAUGAACUGCUCAAACGAGAAUACGGGUCUCAUCUUAUUGCACCAGAGAAUGGUUACAAUGUAUCGGUACUCAUAGAUCUGGAAAAGUUACCAGAAGACUGGGAGGCAUUAGUGAGAAAAGUUGCCUUGUUGAAGAGGCACUGCUUCGCUAGUGUUUUUGAGAAGUACUUUGACUUCCAAGAAGAAUACUUUGAUUCUCCAGGCAGGCCAUUGCAGAAAAGGGCAGUUAUCCAGUAUAGGGAUGAAGAGACAAUGUAUGUAGAAGCUAAGAGCGACAGGGUCACAGUAGUAUUCAGUACUAUAUUCAAGGAUGAAGAUGACAUGGUCAUUGGCAAAUUGUUUCUUCAAGAACUGAAAGAGGGCAGACGUGCGAGUCAUACUGCACCCCAAGUUUUGUUUAAUCAUCGUGAGCCCCCUCUGGAAUUACAAGAUUCCGAAGCAGCCGUGGGAGACUGCAUUGGUUAUAUUACAUUUGUGCUAUUUCCACGUCACACUAAUCGGGAGGCUCGCGACAACACUAUUGACUUGAUACAUAUGUUUAGAAACUAUUUGCACUACCACAUUAAGUGCAGUAAAGUUUAUAUCCACUCCAGAAUGCGUACUAAGACAACAGAUUUUCUCAAAGUGUUAAAUAGAGCUAGAGCUCAGUCUAAGAAUACUGAGAAAAAGACUAUUACGGGACGAACGUUUAUCAGGAAAGAAUGAACAUGUUGAAGUAACGAAAGUGUUAUCAUUUCUUAAAGAGAAAGAUAGAAAAAGAGGGAGAGAUAGAGACAGAAGGAGAACGGAUACAGAGGAUUAUCGUGCGGAAUGCGGUUCGAAACCGUAGACUAUCACGUACGAGAUUCUCCACGUUGGCAUUCCUUGAUUCGUGCUAUCGGCAAGUCGAGUGCUUCGGACCUUUGAGUUUCAACCUGUUUAUCGAACAGUGUCCUGUCUAGGAAAUAUAUAGCAUCGCGCUAAGUGGGUGAGAAGAGAAGAUAAUUGUGUUUCUCGUCUCAUCGUCGACUUGUUCAACAUGACGUGCAAAGCUAUAUCUACCAGGGGGGAUACUCGAAGACACCGGAGUUACUGUAUCCGCGUACCAACGGUGCUAGCGAGUAUCGGUCGUCACAAAAGAUAUCGUUGGUCUUGACAGUGAUCUAGGAUUCAAAGAUAGUGGCGCUGAAACUUGAAGGGGAGAAGCUUUACGGAUUCGGUUACUUAUUACACUGGUUGUUACCUCGAACGAUUUAUCAUAUGUUACGACAUUCUCCCAACUACGUCUGGCUACUUCAUGUACGAGUACGUGAAAUGCAUAUUAGUGUUACGAUGAUACACCGCAGCAAGACAUUUGCGAGAACUUCAGCAGACAGACAUGAGAUACAUUUAUUAAAAAGAUACGUAGAACAUUCAAUUAAUUAUCAAGCUGCUCGAGUCUGUGAUUUCCCGUUGCGAAAUUUCCUCAGAAUAACGUUGUUUAAACCAAAAAAAAGAAGCUGUAUAAACCGGAGAAUCACAGUAACAGAGGGAUAACGAUUAACAUAACACUUUUACUUUCCACAUAGCAUUUCUCGUUUCGACAAACGAAAACGCCGAGCGAGCCAAAUACUGUUAAAAAAUAGCGCGCUCGAUUGUUUCCUCUUUCAAUAUUUUUAUCGUCUCUACUUUAUCGCUAUACAUUUUUGGCUAUUGUGAGAUAAUAAAACUUCAUUAACAAUC